GAUUUACCCAUUGCCACAUAAUCCAAGAUGGCGUCUGGCGGGGUAGAUUUUCCUCCCGUCCGAUCUUUGCAGGAUUUUCUCACGAAUGCGGAGUUCACGACGCCUUCUUUGAAUGACACAGAGCGUAUGAGCAACAGAGUUAUCAACAACCUGAUAUAUUACCAAACCAAUUAUUUUCUGUGCGUAAUCAUUAUAUUUCUGAUUGUCGGAACUCUGUACCCCAAAGACUUGAUAAUCGGCGCAGUCUCACUUGCCACUGCUGUUGUCCUGUAUGCUAAGAUACUCAAGAAGCGAGACAUGAUGAAAAAACAUGGUCAAGCAUCAGCGAACCUGGCCCCCAUAGGAGUGGGAGCCAUUGUCGUGCUACUGCUAUACAUGAUGGGAUCUGUACUGGUCUUUCUUUGGGGGGUCACAAUGCCCUUAGUUGUGGUCCUUCUACAUUCAAUCUGUCGCAAGCGCAAUCUCAAGAACAAGUUUGCUAAUGUCUCUGAGAUGUUCAAGGAGAGACCUACACCAAUGUCUAUAAUGUUGGCGACAAUACAGGAUGAGGAAGAUCCGAGGGAUAUCUAUAGAAUAUCCAGAAACUAAACCUUUAUUACAUGCAAUAGAGGACUUGCGCUAAGAGAUUACAUGACUGGCAAACUAGUGCCUACUCAGGCUUUUAGGGCAAAAUAACAACAACAAAAAGCAGUUUAUUUAGCACAAAUACAGCCACAAAGUUUUUUUUCAGAAAUGGCUUAUUUUCAUUUAAAUAUCUUAAUCUUUUGUUGUUCUCUGGCAUGACAGCGCAAUCAUUUCUUUGUUUAUUUUGGCUUGAAUUUGCCAAAAGGUCAAGAGAUCUCUCAGCGCAAGUCUCCUAUUAAAGUGAGGGAAGUGAGAUGACUUUUAGUAUAUCUCCUAAAAACUAAGAUAAAGUUAGAUAAAACUUUUAAAGAAUUAACUUAGCCGAAUUCGUUUUUGCAUAACCUCGGUUCAUCCAAAAUCAAUGUCUUGUCUGGAAAUAGCGGUUAGCCAAUAACCCGUCUAAACAAAUUGAUUGCUUUCAUUUUUUCACUUUAGCGAUAUCAACCAUUUGACUACACACAGCAAAGGAAUUGAUUGGUCAUGGUGUUAGGAUUGACUAGGCGCGCUAUUCCCAUACCAGAAAUGGAAUAAAAUUCUCGCCUAUAUUCGGCUAUAACAUUCAAUUAGAAGUUUAAAAAAGGGUAUUCUUUGAAAAAAAAUAUUCUUGCGGAAACUUAUAAUGUAUUUAUGGAUGAAAAUAUUUUUAAAAAGAUAGAACGUGUUGAAAAUCAUGAAAAAAAUGUGGAGAUUUUGUGCACAGUUUUAUAUUAUAUCCCUAGUAUGAAUAUUGUCAGUUGCCAACAAAAUUGGAAGAAAAUUACUGAACUAUU